CAUCCGUUUUCUUUCUCGGAACUCCAAGCGUAGAGACGAACAAAAACGGGAGCAGUUGCAUCGAGCCGAACUCGACGAGCGCCAGCGACGAGCCAGAGUGCUGUCCGAGAGGCGGCAACGUAGGAACUUCAUUACUGAGAAAUUCCUCAGGGAGCCCAUUCAGAAAUACGCCAAAAAGCGCUCUUCGCCAUCACCGCAGUCGCCUCGACUAUCAUCUGAGGGAAAGGACUCGAGCAUCAGCAAGUCUGUUCCUAACCUGUUUCGCUCACCAACAAGCGCGGAAGGUGUGAGUUUACCUGGCGAAGACAGCAGCGGUAGCAGGGAGUCUGUUUCAACCGAAGAUCUCUCAGCCAGGCAACGGCUAGUCAGCAAUGCGGUGGCUAAGAGCCGCUCUACUCCACUGUUAGCAUCGGCGAGCAAGCCUAGUCUGGAAUCGCGUUUUACUCAAAGGAAAUUUGCUCAUCGCCAAGUCUUCCCUCCCGGUCGAACUCCUGAUGGCCGCAUCUAUCGACUAUGCCGCUCCGUUAAAGCUGAAGAUAAUAAAUCUUCGGUAGAUAAUUCGCAUUGUGAAACUGCAUCGGUCAUAAGGGAGAAUCAGAAACCUUAUCCAACACGUUCAUUAGAAGAACUACGUAGUCUCCAACAGUUUAGGAAUGAACGACUGAAACGCUCGCUAAUUUCGCGUGACAUUCCCGUCAAAUCAGGCACGACUGAAGCUUUGCGUGAAAGUUUUCGUAUCACAGACUCUUCGGUAUUGAGACGCCGACGAUCCAAGAUGGAGUAUUUACCGGUCCCAGACUCUAGGCUUCUUCUCGUGGAAAAACCGAAACUCAAUCGGAGACGGUCCAUGCCAGACCUCAAAGAGUUCAAGUGUGUGAGCUCAGCUGUUGUUUAUGAAACAAUAUCUAUCCUAAGUAAUCUUGAGGAUACAAAUAAUCUUAUAAUAGUUCCGACAUCGUUGUCACUAUCGUCUUCUGAACGAAUCAACGCUACAAGUCAAUUAUGUAGAGAAGAUUCGCCAGAGAAAGAGAAAUGGAGUCAUCAAUUAGCCCGAGUUCUACAAAAUGACACAGAAAAAGUAUUCAAUUCAAGCCCAUUAUUAGAUAAAUUAGGUCCUAGUAAAUUCACUAAUGGCAAAAACGCUCAUGAAUUAGAAAAAGAAACUUACAGGAAAGAAUGGAUUUCUAAACAUUCCAGUGUUCGUAGCAUGAGAUGUCAAAUAUUCAAAUGUUCAACUACAGACGCGUCUGUUCAGACUGAUGAGCAACAACUGACUUUGGGCCAUGGAUUGGAUCGAAGUUCGUCGACACAGGUAAAUGAUAAUGACAGUAACUAUUAUGACAGCUUGGAAGAAGAUGAAGUGAGCGAUGACAAACAUCUGUCGAAUAAGGUUUUUUUCGUUAGCGUUGAUAGCGAGAAUGAAUAUGAGGAUAACCCACGUGUGAAACUACCUCCACGCCUCAGUGAAAGACUUAGUAAUUUUCAAAGACAAAAAGAACGAAAAAUAAGAAAUAAUCAAAAAUUUUCCCGCCAAUUAAUAACAGAAUUUUCUGUUCCAUUCCCCAAGACUCUUGAUAAUGAAAUACUCAAUGACUUCCAGCCUGAUAAUAAAUCAAACGAAUUACCACCUGUUCCGCUCACCAGGAGUCGGACUGGCAGCGCUAAAAGUUUGGAGAGUCCUUCAUUUUCUCGUAAAAAUUCACUUCCUGCCAUUACCAGUGCAUCUCCUUCAAGAUCUACGAGUGCCACUAGGAAAUUUUCAGAUCAAAGCCUGACGAGUGUAGGGGAAGUAUCUACACUCGGUGUCAUGUAUCCUUCUGGUAACGAUGAAGAGACUGAGAGCUUAAUAUCUAAAGAUGCCUCUGUGGCAAAUAAAAGUUCUUCUUCGAGUUCAGAAAUAACUCGUUUGAGUUCUCUUGAUGGCGGUGGGGUAUCGUCGGAAAAUAUAAGAAACGAUAAAACGCAUCGCGAGUCUUCCAGUAUGAAAUUACAGGAAUCAAAUUUUCUCCACAUGUAUAAUGAAUGCGGCGAGUCUGAAAGUGAUUCUGAGGACGAGAUUCUCGUAAUAGAACGAGAAGGAGACGCUUCUACGGCCUUUCAUUCGUACAACCAUCAGGCUUCUCAGGACUUGAUUAAUUCCUGCAAACAAUUGGUGGAGGAUUCCAAGAAUGCUAACAAGGCUACUGGAAAUCUACAGUCACCAAUUAUACUCAGAAAUGACAAGUCCGAAUCAGCUAGAAAAACAUGGAACGAAAGUACGUCGGGAAACUUUAACUUCGUAAAACUGAUGACAGAUGAUGAUGUGAGCAUCCAAGAUUUCGGAUCGCCUCCCAAGUCUCUAAGUUCUCGGGAAGAUGGUUAUGAAAUGGAAACAGAUGAUGGGAGCGUUUGUACUGAGUCUUCCGGACGCAUUACAGUGAUUGCUGCAGGUAGAAGUAGCAGGAAUAGCAGAAGUUUUGACAUGGAUAGUCCUGUCGAUGACAUUGCUCGAGAGACGACCUCUGAAUUAUCUGAAGGUACGUGCGUGCCUUUGACGAACAAAACCACCCCACUGGAGAGCAUCUUUAGCGGUGAAAAACGUGAUGGCUUGGAUUUAGAAACUACAAAUGGUAAAGCUACUGUGAACGAAAUGAUCAAGAUGACUCCUAAAAAGGUCGAUAUGUCCACUGAUAAACAAUGUAUUCACGCGGACGGAGAAACUGAUCUUGUCUUAGCUUCCUUGCAAACAGACAAAUCAAAUCUAAGAAGUUCCGACCAUCCAGGAGAUACAUUCUAUGAAAACGGCUCGUGUGCGUCUGCCUACUUCACUCCUAAUGAAUUUUCGAGUUCAAAAGAGGAUGAUAGAGGGCAUAAAAUUCUUCCCUUAAAUAAUACAUGUAAUAGUCUGGAGGACAAGCGUGAAAAUGCUUCCCAGGUCGAGAAUGUUACCGAGAAAGAAUCCUUUCUUAAAACCAUAGAGAAAAAUGAAGCUACCAAUCGAACUGUCAACGGCGUAAACGAAGUUUACCAUUCUGAUGAUAAUUUCUUCCCGGAUCAUUUGUUAAAUGACAGUUUGUUAGGCUUAGACGAUUCAGUUACCUCCACUGACGAUUCUGUGAGCUCUUUGUUAUCCACAAUAGAAGAAGAGGCUGAACCUAGCGGUAGUGCUCGCAGCUCUAAUGCUCAGUCUGACGGCUCUCGUACGUUGGAAAACACCACUAUGGAAAGUGAGGAAAAAUUUGAUGCAGAAGAAAAAAACAGCGAGCCUGAGGGCCAGGUUAUGGGCAUCAAGAACGAAAAGCUAUAUAGUGAUGAAACGAGCAAACGUGUGAAUUGUGCCGAAACGUGUGAAAACGAAAUUGAAGACAAUCUUCUUAGUUCAGCAAUUCUAACAGAUGAUCCAGAGGGGGACCCCGAAGAAAACGCUUAUCACGAUUCCGAUGCAGUUAGUAUACAAUCUGCUGUAGAUGACGAUUUGAACGAUUUUGCUGAGUCCAACAAUGAUUUCAGCGCAAAAAUUGAGACCAAUGUAAAUUCGCUACUUAGUACCUAUGGAUCCGAAGAUAUUCUAGCCAAAGUUGAUACAGCUGUAAACGAUACUGUUGGCGACAUAAAAGUCAAUAUCUCGGAACCAAAAGAUGCAUAUUCUUACGAUGGAGAGAAUUCCACGGUGAAGGCUGAAAAUUAUUCUGUGAAGGGAACAGAGGCUCUUUCGUCGCGUACCACCGUAGCAGAUGGCUAUUCCAAAGUAGAAAUUAUUGCUGCUAAUGCUACAGUAAAAGGCAAAUCCGAUUUAUUUGUGGAAACCCAUGUUGAAGCUGUCGUUAUAAAUGGAGACCAGGAAGUGGUAUCAGACACUCCCGAUGCUAGUUCACAAGAAGCAUGUGAUACCGAGGCAGAAGAGAAAGUAGAUGAAUCGGUAAGAGCCGAAACUGGGGUAGAAAACGAAAUGGAUUUUGCUGUUGAAUCCGAACCUGAAGAACAUUUAGAAGCAGAUGCCGAUACCGCAAUUGAAGUCAAAGUCGACUCAGAGGUGGGAGCCGAAACUGAUGCGGAGUUGGAAGCCGAAGCGGAUACAGAGAUGAAAGCCGAAGACAAUGCUGUGGUGGCAGCCGAAGACAAUGCUGUGGUGGCAGCCGAAGACAAUGCUGUGGUGGCAGCCGAAGACAAUGCUGUGGUGGCAGCCGAAACCAAUGCUGUGGUGGCAGCCGAAACCAAUGCUGUGGUGGAAGCCGAAGCAGAAGCUAAGGUAGAAGCUACAGCCGAUUCAGAGGUUGAAAUCAGAACCAACGCAAAGUUGGAAGUCCGGGCGAACGCUGAGUUUGAAAUCAGAUCCAACGUUGACCUGGAAGCCGAAAACGAUGCUGAGAAUGAACCUGAAGCCGCCGAUGAUGUGGAAACUAAAGACGUUGAUGAGGUGGAAGCUGAAGCUGAUGAUGAGGUGGAAGCUGAAGCUGUUCACGAAGUGGAUGCCGAAGCUGCUAAUGAGGUAGAAGCUAAAGCCGUUGAUGAGGUGAAAGCUGAAGCCGUCGACGAGGUGGAAGCUAAAGCCGUUUAUGAGGAGGAAGCUGAAUCCGUUGAUGAGGUGGGAGCUUACGCUGCUGAUGAGGUGGAAGCUGAAGCUGCAGAUGAGGUGGAAGAAGCUGAAGCCGCUGAUGAGGUGGAAGCUGAAGCCGCUGAUGAGGUGGAAGCUGAAGCUGAUGAUGAGAUGGAAGCUAGAGCUUUGAAUGAGGUGAAAACUGAAGCUGUUGAUGAGAUAGAAGACGGGGGCAAUGCUCAUGGUGUUGAAAGUUCUCAGUUAACGUCCAAUUUGGAAGUUGAUUCUACUGCGUUUGGUUUUGAAAAAAAGUUCAUCUUUGGCACAAAUUAUGAAGUUGAUCAAAGAUUAGUUUGUACUUUGCGAGGUGACCUUUCGGCCAGUAGUGACCGUACGAGGAAUAACUCGCCUAAAGAUGGAAAUGAAAUCGGGAAUGAUGAGAAUGAAACGCUUCCUCAUUCAAAUAACUCUUCUUCUGAUUUAGAAAAAAAUUCAUUCAAGCGAGAAGAAGAUGAAGGAAGUAAACCCUGGUUUUAUUCAGAAGUGUUCAAAACUCCCCAGUUUUCAGAUAGCAUUGACAACUGUGAAUCUGUGACUGAAGAUGUCUCUCAAAAAUAUGUUCCUUGCAUAAAGGUUGAAUCGAAAACUUGUGGGAAUGAAAAUCUUACAGAUGCCGGACAUUCAACUAAAUCGAUACCUGCAUCAUCUUUGCACGUUGCAUUACCUACCCGAGUUUCCGUUUCCAAAGGGCACUCUCAAGAGAGAGUGUUCGCUGCUGAAGUAUCGCCGCUUUCGUUACGUUCGUCGGGGCCAGAGUCUCCGCAUUCUCCAGAACCAGGAUGCGAAGAAUCCAGUCAGGAUGGUGAUUCUUCCACUGGCAGUCCAGGUGCGGCAAAAAUCCCAACCUCUUCACCAUCUACUGACUCGGGCGUAAUGGAGAUGCCAGCUCCAACUGAUAUCAAGCAGUACACUGGUAGCGCUAGUGCUUCGGAAGAUCAAAAAGUCGAAAUGAAUCCGUCUUCUAUUAGCUCUGAGCUCUCUGAUGCGGUUCUCUCUGUUAAAAGUCGUGCAACUACUCCCGAUACUAACAAACUACCGUCUCGUCCACAGUCCGCCAAAUCUAAGAAAGAAAAUUUAGAUCGAAUAAGAAGUGGCCACAGGUCUACGUAUUUGUGGGUUCAGUCCACUCUACCCAAAGAUAUAAUGGAAGCUGUAAGCGAUGAUGAUAUUGAGAACAUUGAUUACAAAAAUGAUCAAAAUAUAAAUUCUGAUCAUCAUGUUGAUGAAGAUCAUGAUGAAAUGAGAAGGUUGUGGGAACCGUGUCAACCUGUUCUUCCUGCUUCUUUCGAGGAGCUCCCUUCUCCGACCGAGAGCUUUCUAUCUUCUUCAUCGCCCCUCGAAACUUCUAAUAACCAACCUGGAUCACACAAUAGCCAAGACGGAGACGAAAAUUACAGAGAACAGUCAGCCAGCGAUAAGAGUCUGCCGGAAGAAUACGAGAAGCAUAGUGAACCUUCAGAGGUGUCAAUGCGACUCAUCAAGGCUUUGGAGAGAAGAAGAAUCCGACGUCAGAGGUCUCGAGGGUUCAGCAUCGACACUCCAGAGCACCAGCACAAGCCUGCCACCCUCAGCUCCUUGGACAGACUUCUGGCAUCUCUUCCGAUGUAUCAUGCUCACACUAAACAUGGCUGUUCUUCGAAUCCUCGUACCCCAAAACCACAGGUUUUCAUGAGCCAUGGCUCUGAAGAUGACGCUGGGACAAAUCAGGUUACUGUCCAGGUAAUUGCUGGCAGGCAACCGCCAGACGUACGAGUAAUGGCUUCCAGACAACUCAGACUGCUUGUGCAAGUCGGAAAUGGGGAUGAAAGCAAAUCUUGCAACAGUGAAUUGUCAGAGUCAUCAACCGUUCGUGAAAUCCGUGAAAAUAAUUACAUAUCUCAUAAACAUGAAGCGGAACAUUACAUACUGCGUAAGCAGGCAGCGGAAGAGAAACGUCGCAGUCGUCCAUUUGCCAGCGGAUCAGUUCCUCGAGAAGCUUUUAGAGAGACCAAUACGGCAGUCGUUAAUUUGAAGGCUAGCAGCAAUAGACAGCACCCAAAGUUAUCAUCUGAAUCGCGAAAAUACGGCCGCAGACCGCGUCAAGCUGCAGAAUCUGCUUCCAACGAGCUUCUCGACGAUCAUCGUACUCGCAUGGCAAAUCAGAAAAUCAGAAGCUACUCUCUGUCUAGAACGAUGGAUAGUUCUUCCAAAAGUUAUAAAUUACUUCCUCCAGAGCAAGUUGAAACGAUUCCCUCUCGUCUCUUCAUUAAGCGUUCACUGAAUGAUCUGCAAUUGGGUGCACGAAGACAUAAUAUCACGUCGAAAAUUUCAACCGCCUGUGAAAAUGUUGUAGAUGAAGAUGGAACGAAGUCCAAGGAAAGGAAAAAGUCAGUUCGGGAGCAGUUCAUAGAGAGGGCUACUAGUAUCCUGGGCGGUUCAGAGCGAGCGGUCAGCGCCUUGAGUGGCUCAGGACGAGCUGUCAGUGCCGUUAGCACCCGGUGCAGCUCUCGCGGCACGAGUGCGCGCAGUUACAGCAGCGGCGUCAGCUUAGGAGAUUUUCCCUCGCAAGUUGUCGGAGAAACUUCGGUGAUGCCACAACGUACAACAGAUAUGAUAGCCGAUCUACAGCAUUUCUAUGGCAGAAAGAACUCUAAGAAAAGCAGUGAGCUGGCGCGCCCCCACGACGCGCCGGCCAGCGAGGCUGCCGAAGUGUUCGUGGUGCGCGGCAGCAACGUCCAGAAGUGCUUUCCUUCGCCGUCCCCGCGAGAAGUGAGGCUGCGGCUUAAGCCUAGAGCCAAGAGCAAAGACAGCGCAGUGAUAUCAUUGGAUGACUCGGCAUUGAAACGUCGUGAGCAGGAGCGGCUCCAGCGCAACAUGUCGGCCAUCAACGACCUCCUCAAGUCCCUCAACUGAUCUCUAAACUAAUUUGUUCGAACUAAUCACAUUGCUGCUAAUAUUCCACAAGAUCAUUUAUGCAUUCAUAACCUUGAAGCAAAAAAUUACUGUAAAAUGUGCGACCCUGCAGUAAUUAUUAACAAUUCACUGCUCUAAUCAAGGAUGUGUUCUUACCAUAAAAAUUUAUAGUUUAAUCUGCAAAAAUUUCAGCAUCGAUACUGUUUAAUUUUUUACUGUUGCUAUGUCUCGGCUCUUUCGGUUGGUGAAUAUUUCAGGCUAAACUGAUUUAAUUCUCAAUAAUAUUGCUAGUCUUAGAGUUACCCAGAGAAUUCCGUGCUUUGAACACUCCUACCCUGAUUGGUGUUGCUGCUGAGGUUAGGAUUGGUGCCGCUGCACCGAUACCUUCCACAAUUGAGAGCACGGCAUCAGUAUCCGUCCAUUAUGCUCACACUUAUUCGUCAUUAAUAAAUAUUGUUACCAUGAUCUCUAUUUAUAUUACUUAAUCAAUAGGUACGUAAGUUAUUCGUAUAUUCUUGUAUAUGUUAUUUGAUAACCUGCUCGUGCAAUUGAGUAUGGACAGGAGAGCCGGCCGAAAAAUAAUGUACUUUUUCAAUCACAUUAUUGGCUCGGUAGUCUGAUAACUACAUAUUGUCCAAUAACUUUUGCUGUGACUAAUAAUAAAAAAUAAAUAAUAUCAUAUUA